CCUAAAAAUAACCCACCCAACGCCAACAAGUACAGAUAAACCAGUUGUGAUCCCUGUGGAAAAGACUUUUACCACUAUGAAGAAAGCCAGAAGACACCAGCGCAUUGAUAGUGGGGACAGAAGCUUUAGAUGUGAUCAGUGUGGAAAGUCUUUUACUCAGAAUGCCAAGUUAAAACAACAUCAGCUUAUCCACACUGGAUUUAAACCAUUCAGCUGUGAUCAAUGUGGCAGGGCUUUCACUAAGAGUGGCAGUUUAAAAAAACACCAGCUCAUCCACACUGGAUUUAAAGCAUUCAGCUGUGAUCAGUGUGGAAAGGCUUUUACUGACAAAGGCAACUUAAAAAAACAUCAGCUCAUCCACACUGGAUUUAAACCAUUCAGCUGUGAUCAGUGUGGAAAGUUUUUUAUUCAGAAUGGCCACUUAAAAAAACAUCAGCUCAUCCACACUGGAUUAAAACCAUUCAGUUGUGAUCAGUGUGGAAAGACCUUUACUCAGGAUGGCAGCUUACAAAAACAUCAGCUCAUCCACACUGGAUUUAAACCAUUCAGCUGUGAUCAGUGUGGAAAGUCUUUUAUUCAGAAUGGCCACUUAAAAAAACACCAGCUCAUCCACACUGGAUUUAAACCAUUCAGUUGUGAUCAGUGUGGAAAGUCUUUUACUCAGGAUGGCAGCUUACAAAAACACCAGCUCAUCCACACUGGAUUUAAACCAUUCAGUUGUGAUCAGUGUGGAAAGACCUUUACUCGGGUUGGCAGCUUACAAAAACAUCAGCUCAUCCACACUGGAUUCAAACCAUUUAUCUGUGAUCAGUGUGGAAAGUCUUUUACUCACAAAGGCAACUUAAAAAAACAUCAGCUCAUCCACACUAGAUAUAAACCAUUCAGCUGUGAUCAGUGUGGAAAGGCUUUUACUCAGAAUGGCCACUUAAAAAAACAUCAGCUCAUCCACACUGUAUAGGGAAAGGGAAAUAACAUGCCUAUCUUAAGCUGACAGCCAGCAUGUAGAAAGACUUUCUCUGAAUUGUUGAUAUUAGUUUCUUACAUUUUCUGAUUUUUAAUCAAAUAGUCUUUUCAGAAACUUCUGAUUGUUGUUUCAUAAAUGUAAUGGCUAUUUACUAGAAACCUAAAUUAAACCCAUGAUUACGAGUGUUAAGGAAUAAACAUAUAUUCUUAGUGCUUAUUUUCUGAUUAUUUUGUUUUUUGUACUUUGUAGUAAGGUCUGUGAGGAAAACUAGGUCAGAGGGAGACUGGUCGCCUUGGUAACAGAGACUUCAGUAAGGAGAAGUUAAAACACAGGAAGCUAGGGUAGAGCUGCAUAGGCAUAUUAAUAAAACACAGGAAACCAGACAGAAAAGCAGAACUAGUAACACAGAAGGAGUUGUUUAUAUCGAAACUAUGAGUGUGUGAUGUAUAGCAGAACUAUAAACGGAAUUUAAUAAGAGGCCACGAUGCACCAAGGUUUAGAAAUCUAUGCACGCAUAACAAAACAAACUGUUCAUUGAAGAUCAAGUUGAGGAAAAGUUUGUCACGUUAAAGUCACGCAAAUGUUGAAUUUAUCUGUUCUGUGCAAACAUCUAUGUAAUCUUGCUGACCAAGCAUUAUUGUCAUCAUGUGAUCACAAAGAGAAUCAGAGCAUCUGAACAGAUUGCCUUCUAGGUCAAUCUGAAAGACCUGUUGCUGUUUAGUGGGCUGUUCAUCGUGAGAUGAUUAGUGAAGUCAAUGCAGCGCUGUUUCUCUAAGGUAGCUAUUUGAAAUGUGUUGAAAUGUUUUUUGUUGGGAUUUGAGUGUAAACUAGGUCGCAGGCUGACAGCAAACUGCAUGCUUUUGCAGAGCACAGGAGGUGCAGACAGAAAGUGAAACUAAGCAAAGUGAUUCGAUCCAAACUUAGAGUGUGUGACGUGCUGCGG